GCCCCCAUGGCCGAGGUGGGCGGUUUCCUGGGCGCGCUGGACCCCGACCUGCACGGCUUUCCCCCCGGGCUGGGCGCCGGGCUGCCCCUUGCUGACUCUCCCGGUUUCCUCAACGAGCGUCUGGGACAGAUUGAGGGGCGGCUGCAGCGGGGUUCCCCCACCGACUUCGCUCACCUCAAGGGCAUCCUCCGGCGGCGGCAGCUCUACUGCCGCACCGGCUUCCACCUGGAGAUUUUCCCCAACGGCACGGUGCAGGGCACUCGGCAGGACCACAGCCGCUUCGGGAUUUUGGAGUUUAUUAGCCUGGCAGUUGGGCUGGUGAGCAUCCGUGGGGUGGACUCAGGACUCUACCUCGGCAUGAACGAGAGAGGCGAGCUGUAUGGGUCGAAGAAGCUGACUCGGGAGUGUGUUUUCCGUGAGCAGUUUGAAGAGAACUGGUACAACACCUACGCCUCGACCCUCUACAAGCACCCCGACUCGGAGCGCCACUACUAUGUGGCUCUGAACAAGGACGGCUCCCCCCGCGAAGGGUACAGGACUAAGAGACACCAGAAAUUCACUCACUUUUUACCCCGGCCUGUGGACCCUGCCAAAAUUCCGGCGAUGUACAGAGACCUCUUCCACUACAGGUGAUGUCUCCUGCUGCUGCCCCAGCAGUGUACAUACUUGGGCUCCCAAGCUUUUCCCCACAGCACUAUCUCCAUAGUCAUUCCAUCGUUCCCCUAAGUGUAGCUGGCAUAGGAAAGCACUUGCACGGAGUGCAGACACUGCUGAUCCUCCUUGUUUCAAGUGUAUAUCAACCCUGGGUUAUUGCUGGGGCAGGGGAAGGGAGGGACCCACCAUAUAAUCUUUCAUUUUCACUCACUUUCUUUACCUGAGGCCAAAUAUUCAAUGUUAGGGUUGUUAGUCUCUUUUCAGUGCUGUCCUGAGAUAGGACAAGGGGCAAUGGAUACAAACUGGAACCCAGGAAAAGUUCCACCUCAACACGAGUUAAAAAUUCUUUACUGUGAGGGUGAUGAUGCCCUAGAACACACUGCCCAGAGAGGUUGUGGAGUUUCCUUCCUCUGGAGACUUUUGAGACCAGUCUGGAUGUGUUCUUGUGUGACCUGCCCUAGGUGAUCCUGCUUUGGCAAGGGGGUUGGACUUGAUAAUCUUCAGAGGUCCUUUCCAGCCCCUAACACUCUAUGAUUCUAAAAGAACAAGCAGGUGAACAAACCUCAUCACCAAGGAGAGGAAGGGAAAAAACCCACAACAACCUAAAAAUGAAAAGACAGAAAGAAAAGAAAAGCCCAAAGAAGUGCUGCAGGAGCUGCUGCUGAGCUUGGGAUGGCCACCUGCAAGGAAAAAGCCUUUGGAGUGGUUCCCUGCUUGAGCAGCCCAGGAGUUUGCUACAUUAAUGAUACCACAUGGACUGGUCCUGAUGCAUGGGUUUUUUCCUGCUGUUGGGGUGGGAACGGGGUGAGGAACAUUAUUCAGCUGUAAGCAUGGAUACUGUGCAUAAGGACAAAACUAUUUAUAAAAUGUAUAUGAUAUUUAUUUUAUAUAUUUAUUUAUUUCAAAAUAAUUUUAUUUUUAAUGAGAGAUGUUAUGACAGGAUUUUCAUCAGGAAGAAUAAGGUCCUACUGAAACAGGGAAAAAAAUGAGUUUUAAGAGCUUAUU